CAGUCUCCACCAAACCUUCAAUUUCCCAACCACUUGUACUCUUCUUCCUCAAUUCUCCAGCUCGCUGUGAGACUAGAGAGAGAGAGAGAGAGCUCCAAUGGCGGCGCGGGAGAGAUGGAGCGCAAUCUUGAGAGACAGAUGGCUGGUGUUCGUGGCCUCAAUGUGGGUCCAGUCCUGCUCCGGCAUCGGGUACUUGUUCGGGAGCAUCUCCCCGGUGAUCAAGGCCGCCAUGGGCUACAACCAGAGGCAGGUCGCCCUCCUCGGCGUCGCCAAGGACUUGGGCGACGCCAUCGGCUUCCUCCCCGGCGUCCUCUGCGAGAUUCUGCCCAUCUGGCUCGUCCUCUUCGUUGGCGUUCUCCAGAACUUGUUAGGUUAUGGCUUCGUCUGGCUUUUCGUUGCCCACAAGCUCCCCGAGUCCCCUCUCUGGCUGCUUUGCAUUUUGAUAUUUGUGGGAACAAAUGGUGAGACAUACUUCAAUACGGGAGCUCUAGUUUCCUGUGUGCAAAAUUUUCCCAAAAGCCGGGGUCCAAUAGUUGGGAUAUUGAAAGGAUUUGCAGGGCUAAGUGGUGCAAUUUUGACACAGGUUUAUGCCACGAUCAACUUUCCGGAUCAAGCAUCACUGGUCUUCAUGGUUGCUGUUGGGCCAUCAAUUGUAAUCACUGCUCUGAUGUUCCUUGUGAGACCCGUGGGAGGCCACCGGCAAGCUAGGACAUCUGACAACUCAAGUUUCCUAUUCAUUUACAGCGUUUGCCUUAUUCUGGCUGCUUAUCUCUUUGCAGUUUUGAUGCUCCAGGACUUAACAAGUGUGAGCCAGAAUUUGAUAACACUGUUAACUGUUGUCUUGGUUGUUCUCAUUUUGCUUCCAAUCAUUAUCCCCAUUAUUUUGGUUUACUUCACGGGAUCAAGACCUCAAUUGGAGGAGAGCUUUCUCACUGAAUCAGAAAAACAGCAAGCCUCUCAAUCUGAGCAGGAUAGGAAUGUGGUUAUUUUCAGUGAGCUGGAGGAUGAGAAACCUCCAGAAGUAGACACACUCCCGCCAUGGGAAAGACAGAAACGGAUUGCUCAUUUGCAAGCCAAGCUAUUUCAAGCAGCUGCUGAAGGUGCAGUGAGGGUCAAGUCCCGAAAGGGCCCACGCAGGGGGGAGGAUUUCACUCUACUUCAGGCACUUGUAAAGGCAGAUUUCUGGCUUAUGUUUGUCUCCCUAAUAUUAGCAUCCGGUUCUGGCUUAACAGUGAUCGACAAUCUUGGCCAGAUGUCUCAGUCUCUAGGGUAUUCCAAUACCCACAUAUUCGUUUCGAUGAUCAGUAUAUUUAACUUUCUUGGACGGGUUGCAGGUGGAUACUUUUCUGAAAAUAUUGUAAGGAAUUAUGCAUAUCCAAGGCCAGUGGCCAUGGCCGUUGUUCAAAUCGUUAUGGCAAUGGUGCUUUUCUUUUACGCCAUGGGCUGGCCCGGUGCAAUUUACGUGUUGUCCAUCUUCAUGGGCCUUUGUUACGGAGCCCAUUGGGCAAUUGUCCCGGCUGCAGCAUCAGAACUCUUUGGGCUGAAAAGCUUUGGAGCACUGUAUAAUUUCCUCACACUGGCGAGUCCAGCUGGUUCUUUGGUCUUCUCUGGUGUAAUAGCCAGCGGCAUCUAUGACCACGAAGCAAAGAAACAGCAAGAACUUAGACGGGUGAGAUCUCAUGGCUUCGCAGAUGAGGAAGAAGCCCUUGUGUGCACUGGUACUGUAUGUUAUUCCCUCACUUGUGCCAUCAUGUCUGGUCUUUGCAUUAUUGCAUGUGUCUUGAGUUUGAUCGUUGUCUACCGCACAAAAAGAGUCUAUGCUCAGCUGUAUAACAAGGCCCGUAGCUGAACCAAGAAUCCAUGUGCAAUGACAAGCUCGGAUCUUUUUCAUUUUUUCCCUUAAUGUUGGCCCGGUUCCCUUGCCACUCCGGUUCCACUGGGCAAUGCGGUGCCCCGUUCGCAGGAUUAAUGGUUCGUACCCCCUAAUCCCCCGGUAAACCCAUCCCUGCCAGACCCAAACACACCCCUAUCCCCGUCAAGCGGAACCCCUAACUUUGGAGUCAAUUUUUUUAACCCCUAAGUCAACUGAACUUGGGGGAGUCAAAUUGACAGGGGAGGGUUUGGGUCAGGCUGGGGUGGUGGGGUUUACCGUGGGGUUAGGGGCAGAAAACAUCCAUUUUGCGAAUGAAAACACCGGAGAUACUCUAAAAAGCUAGUGACACUGGAGUGGCACCCUUGCUGGUGGCAAGGGAACCAGGCCGAGUUCAAUUGCUGUAUAAUGCUGUAUUCAUCAUAGAGAUAUAUGUACAUGAAUGAAAUAUGGGAACUGUAUGCUCAAGGCUCGCCCAAUGCCUCUUUAGUGUGGAUACGCCAUAAAGGUGGAACAACAUUUAUAUACUCUCAAUAAUAUGUUUGCAAAUUU